CCUGUUUUCAGCAGCAACAGUCCAGAGCCGAUCCGAGUUAACGAAGAGCGGACUGCCGGACACACCGAGACCACCUCAGAACGCUUUCGCACCGUCUGUCGUGUUCCUACAGCACACGGUCGCGUCUGAUGAAGGAGGAGAGUGCUGUUGAGAUCCCUCAGCCUUUGUCCUCAGGGCCCAGUGCCUUCAUACCAGCUGAAGUGAUUUUGGAUGAGAGAGUCGGACAAGAGGUGAUGUCAGACUCUCUGUUGUCAGUCAGUCAUGCUGAUCAUCUUGUCGCGGUAAUGCGGCUGCAUCCUGACUACCUGAGCUGUUUCUUGCGCACCCAGAAUGCUUUGCUGCAGCCAGAUGGCCCCUUGCCGCUGUCAUGGAGACACUACAUUAUCAUCAUGGCAUCUGCACGGCAUCAGUGUUCUUACCUGGUGCAGCUGCACAGCUCUGCGUUUCUCUUGGCUGGUGGUGAUGUCUCAUGGCUGAGAGGUCUUCACUGUGCCCCACCUAAACUCCAAUGCCUGCAGACACUCAACAAACUGCUAGCUCACAGACCAUGGCUUAUCACCCAGGAACACAUACAGGAGCUAGUGAGUCCAGGUGCAGAGCCCCGUUGGUCAUUAGCUGAGCUGAUUCAAGCUGUAGUCCUCAUGAGCCAUGCCCACUCUCUAACAUCGUUCAUCUGGGGCUGUGGCAUUCACCCAGAGCCUGAUUGCUCAGCAGAUGAGCACCUCCCUCCAGCUUCCCCUGUGGGACCCCUCUCCCGGUCACCUCCCCCUCAACAGGACGAUACUACCAAUCACCAGGAGUGGACUGAGGCUGUCAAUGAAGUACAGCUGUUGAUGGAGAAGAUGAUGAUGGUUCAGCAGCAAGAUGAAGAGUUCACUCCAGAGGAGCUGGUUACUCGUUUUGAGCGAGAAAGGACAGAAAGUUUACUGGAACCAGCAGAAGUGGUGCCCUUGACCCUCCCUGAUUCUAUCUCUCGGUUUGUUCGGGAUCCAGAUUUCAUUUAUCAGGACUUCAGUCCAAGAGGAGAGCAGUCCCCACCAACUUUGAGAGCUCAGGACUACUCGUGGGAGGACCAUGGUUUCUCUCUGAUGAACAGGCUGUAUGGGGAAAUGGCUCAGUUACUAGAUGAGAAGUUUCAGGUGGUGUGUGCUCUGACAUAUCACACCAUGGCCAUGCACACACAUGUGGACACCUCUACACUCCGCAAAGCACUCUGGAACUACAUACACUGCAUCUACGGCAUCAGGUAUGAUGAUUAUGACUAUGGUGAGGUCAACCAGUUAUUAGAACGUAGCCUGAAGGUGUUUGUAAAGACUGCCGCCUGCCAUCCAGAGAAAACCACUCUUAGAAUGUACUCCUGUUUCUGGAGGCAGUUCCGCCAUUCAGAAAAGGUCCAUGUAAACCUGCUACUGAUGGAGGCAAAACUUCAAGCAGCUUUGCUUUAUGCACUCAGAGCAAUCACUCGCUACAUGACCUAACGCACACAUACAUCCUGCUCUGUAAGCAAUAAAAUGGUGGGUGAACAUUAAAAACAUUAGACACUACUACAACCCCCAGUUUAGUCACUUCACUCACACAUUAAUACUCUUGUAAUAAAAGCACAGACUACUUCUGUGAGCAUUAGAAUGAUGGGUGAAGUGAUUAUAAAACACUACUACAAACCCCAGUUUAGUCUCACAUGUGCACAUGUGCAAGCUUAAUGAUCUUUAGUUUCUUCAUUUUUUUGGUGUGAUGGUUUUUCAGCUGCUGCCUGGUCAUGGUUGAGAUUGGGAGGCAGAGCUGAUUUUUUUUUUUAAUUUUUUUUGUGUAAAAUCUAAUCAUCUCCCAGUGACCUUUUGCUUAUCAUACUGUGAAUGUAUAUCUUCUUUCAUGCAGUAUUCUCCACACUCUCUCUGUGCGUGUGCACGUGAGCUGAUGAAUGUAUAGCUGAGAGAGGUCCUUAGCACAAUGUCUUCACGCUGCCUCUGACUUCUAUGGCAGUGGUUUCUAAUCCAGUCCUCUGGGAACCCUGGGUGGUCCAGAUUUCUGCUCUGUCUCAGCUCCCAGCACACCUGUACCAUGAAUGCAGUGUUGUGGCUGUCUGGUUGAGGUGCACUGGAUGUUGGGAGCAAAAUUGUGGAGCAUGUGUCUCUGAGGACUGGAUUGGGUAAACACUGGCUUGUGGUACUUGCCUUCUGGUCUCUAGCUGGCCAGCUUGUUGGGGCGGGGCGGGGGGCACAUUUUGUUUGUGUUUUGGUGGAACAUCUUAAUUGUAUU